AUGCUGUGUGACCAGCUGAAAUCAAAAUGCCAGUGCUUCGAUGGCCGGGAGAUCUCGUCAGCCAUUAAACUCUACGUGCUAGUACUAUUUGAUAGCCUGUUGGAUGCUGAUGCCUUCGCCUCGGACUUGGCAGCGGAUCUAGAGUGGUGUCUGCGGACACCGGCAGGCCUGGCACGAACCCUAUGGCGAAUGCUAGCUGCCCUCACAGCCUGCAUUGACUGUCUCGGUGGGAAGAAGGUUAACGAUCGAGAGGGGGGAUGA